AUGCUCCGCCGCCCGCCGACAACGCUCCAAAUCACGGCCGAGGACAUCGCCGCGUACGAGGACCGGCGCGCGAACGAGGCGCUGCUGGCGGCGCAGCAGGCUCACGCGGCAGAGGUACAGGCGCGGGCCACGAGCAAGGCUGGGGGCGCGGAGGCGGCGACGCAGCAGACGACGGCGGCGAUGGGGGAUCUCGGGCUCGGGCAGGCGAUGGAGGGCGUGCAGGAGGACGCGGAGGGGAGGGCGAGGAGGACAAGGGAGGAGAGGAAUGAGAGGAUUGGGAUGGGGAGGAGGGCGAGGUGA